AUGAAGCUUUAUAUUAUACCCUUGUGGGCUAUUGCGGUGCCUGUUGUGUCUGCAUACGUAGCACAACAUCGCCUCGCACCCAACACUCUGGUGUUUAACAGAAAACAACAGAGUAGUAACCCCCGUUGCGAUCUGUCACCACCAGUUGAUCCAUCGCGGGAUGGUUUGGUAGCUUCUCACCAAGUUUUCUCUUGGGAAAAGUCUAUCGCGACCAUGAUUGAUCGUCUCCAAUCGGUCGUUCGCCUCCCCACUGUUUGCUAUAAUGAUAUGGGAGAUUUCGAUGAGGACGAAAGAUGGGAGCCUUUCAUCAAAUUCGCUGACGUCUUGAACAACUCCUAUCCAAACAUACACGAGUACACGGCCCCUGAUGUCGUUAACAAAUUCGGUCUUGUGUACACCAUCCAAGGGUCUGAUAAGGAUCUCCAGCCUAUCCUCUUGACUGCCCACCAAGACGUCGUUCCAGUAGACAAAGAAACACUUGAUGAAUGGGACUACCCACCCUUCAGCGGCUAUUACGACGGCCGAACCGGAUAUCUUUAUGGUCGUGGUGCUGCAGAUGACAAAUCUGCCAUUACUGGUCUCAUGUCCGCUGUCGAAGCUCUUCUAUCACAAGACGACUACAAUCCCCGUCGCACUAUAAUCCUUGCCUUUGGCUUCGACCACGAGUGUUCUGGCAAUCGUGGUGCUGCAGAAAUAGCCAAGUAUCUCGAGAAGCAAUACGGACAGGAUGGCAUUGCCGUCAUCCUUGACGAGGGCGGUGCGGGACUGCAGCAAAUAGAUAAUGUCCUGUACGCGCUGCCUGCAGUUUAUGAGAAAGGGUACAUGGAUAUUUGGUUCAACCUGACGGUACCUGGGGGUGAUAGCUUUGCUCCACCACCCCAUACGGCAAUUGGCGUCAUGUCCGAGAUAGUCACGACGCUUGAACAGAGUCAGUUUGACCCCAAGGUUGAGCGAGAUGGCCCUGUUCAUCAAGGCUUGACGUGCUUUGCUCGAUACUCGCCCAACGCCUUUCCUGAGUUGACAAGAUCGAUCAUUCGGGGCGAUCUCAACGGAGCUGCUCGUUUCCUGGCAAAGCUGUCGCCUGAGACUCAAUAUCUUGUCCAGACAUCGCAAUCCGCUGAUCUUGUCACUGGUGGAAAAAGGAUCGACGCGCUACCCGAGCAUGUCUCGUUGGGCGUCAGCCAUGGGUUGGCACCGCAGGAUACGGUGGGAAGUAUCGAGCACGGAGUUGUCCAAUUGGUCCAAAACAUUGUCAACAAGUACAAUCUCCGCUUUGAACCCUUUGAAGACGAUGAUGACUAUGAUGAUUACCUUACGUCCGAGGGAUUGACCCGAAAAGCGCGUCAACAGGGGUCCAGCAGUGGAACGUUGAACGUGGAAGCCAUGAGGAAAUAUUUCCCCGCGGUACCGGCGCCUACUAGUGGUCGUGUCUGGGACAUAUUUGCAGGGACUGUGAGAUAUACCUGGGGCAGGGAGUCUCCGUACGUGGUGCCGGCUCCCGGUGCCAUGACAGGCAAUACAGAUUCUCGUCACUAUGAGAAUUUAUGCAAGAAUAUCUACAGAUGGAACCCGGGUACUCGAAAGUCAAUUGCUCAUGUCCAUGAUACCAACGAGCGUAUCCCGAUGGGCGUUCAACUUAACAUGGCCAAGUUUUACUACGACUUUAUUCGCAAUUUUGAUCAAGCAGACAUUUAA